CGCAACAGGGUGCGGUCGAGCGGCGGUUGCGGGUGCUGCCCAGCUUCCAAGAAGGCGGUGCGCUAGUGGCCCCUGCUGGGCUCCGGGGUCCCCUGCGCGUUCCCCCGUUGCAGGACCCUGUCCCUCCGCGUCCCGGAAGGCUUCUCUCCCUCUCCUCCAGCUCCCACCUGAGCCAUGUUUUUCACCUGUGGCCCAAACGAGGCUAUGGUAGUCUCGGGUUUCUGCCGGAGCCCCCCAGUCAUGGUGGCUGGAGGUCGCGUUUUUGUCCUGCCCUGCAUCCAGCAAAUCCAGAGGAUCUCUCUCAACACACUGACCCUCAAUGUCAAGAGUGAAAAGGUUUACACUCGCCACGGGGUCCCCAUCUCAGUCACUGGCAUUGCCCAGGUGAAAAUCCAGGGGCAGAACAAGGAGAUGCUGGCAGCCGCCUGCCAGAUGUUCCUGGGGAAGACAGAGGCAGAGAUUGCCCACAUUGCCCUGGAGACGCUGGAGGGCCACCAGAGGGCUAUCAUGGCCCACAUGACAGUGGAGGAAAUAUAUAAAGACAGGCAGAAAUUCUCAGAGCAAGUUUUCAAAGUAGCCUCCUCAGACCUGGUCAACAUGGGGAUCAGUGUGGUCAGCUACACCCUGAAGGACAUUCAUGACGAUCAGGACUACUUGCACUCCUUGGGGAAAGCUCGGACAGCUCAGGUCCAGAAGGAUGCUCGGAUUGGGGAAGCAGAGGCCAAGAGAGAUGCCGGGAUCCGUGAGGCCAAAGCCAAGCAGGAAAAGGUAUCUGCACAGUACUUGAGUGAGAUAGAGAUGGCCAAGGCCCAGAGGGACUACGAGCUGAAGAAGGCUGCGUAUGACAUUGAGGUCAACACCCGCCGUGCCCAGGCAGACCUGGCCUAUCAGCUUCAGGUGGCCAAGACGAAGCAGCAGAUCGAGGAACAGCGGGUACAGGUGCAGGUGGUGGAGCGAGCCCAGCAGGUGGCGGUGCAGGAGCAGGAGAUCGCCCGCAGGGAGAAGGAGCUGGAGGCCCGAGUUCGGAAGCCGGCGGAAGCCGAACGCUAUAAGCUGGAGCGCCUAGCGGAGGCGGAGAAGUCUCAGCUGAUAAUGCAGGCUGAGGCAGAAGCCGAGUCUGUGCGGAUGCGCGGAGAGGCGGAGGCCUUUGCCAUAGGGGCCCGAGCCCGGGCAGAGGCCGAGCAGAUGGCCAAGAAGGCAGAAGCGUUCCAGAUGUACCAGGAGGCUGCUCAGCUGGACAUGCUGCUGGAGAAGCUGCCCCAGGUGGCAGAGGAGAUCAGCGGUCCUUUGACCUCAGCCAACAAGAUUACACUGGUGUCCAGUGGAAGCGGGGCCGUGGGAGCAGCCAAAGUGACUGGGGAAGUGCUGGACAUCCUGACCCGCCUGCCAGAGAGUGUAGAGAGACUCACGGGCAUCAGCAUCUCCCAGGUAAACCACAAGCCUUUGCGAACAGCCUGAAUGCUGAAGUGUCAACGCCUGGAUGGUCUUCAUUGCAUGCACUUCCACUGGCUUCCCUGAGCAUGACCUUUGACAGUGGGGUUGCACCGUUCCUUUCCCCAGUCUCCUUGCCAAACAGCUUGUGCCUUGCCGGGAAGGGAUUACUCCCCUUCUAAACCCCAUGCCAAGACUGCCAGUUCCCUCCAUUCCCCCCCCAAGUCCAGGCCAGCCUCCACUUGUACCCACCCCCAACUUAUUUAACCUCCUAGUUAAAAUAGACUGAGCCUGAUGUCUGGAAUUCUUUCCUGGCCAAGACUGAUGGAUGGCCUGGAGGUUUUCAUCUUUGUCCAACUGCUGUUAAGAGCUAGUACUUCAAAAACAAUUUAAUAAAGCAUUCAAACUCA